GCUUAAUUUAGAUACUCAAACUCUCCCUACUCUCGCGAUAAAAUCCUUCUGGCUCUCCUAUCUACAACGAGGCGCGCGGUUCUCAGUUUCUGUUUUCACGAAAAUAACUUUGUGUUUUCAAGAGGAAUUACUGCAUACUUUUCAUUCUUUUUAUUGCAUAAGAGAAUGGAAGAAAUUUCUUUUCUUUUAUAGCAGUAAAUUCACAUUUAAAAAGAACAUGAGAACAGUUUCCUCUUCAUAUAAAGAGAAGUAGAAGAAUAAAAUCAUCAUCGUCUCUCUAUCUAUCUCAUCCCCGCCCUCACGUCCUUCCCUUACCUUGCGGUGAUGUAUUAGGAGCCGAAAGAUAAGCUAUCCAUGUAACCAAAUUUUGCAUACCGAUUCUCUUAAAAAUAAAUUUGUUAUAAUCUUACAUAUCCCUUUUUUCUUGUGUAAUAUGUCAUCGCAAGUCCCUCUUAGUUCAGUUCUGGCUCUCCUAGACUAAACUUUCUCCACACAGCAUCUGCAGAUAUCUUUCGUUUUGAGUUCCGGGUUAACAAGACAUUCUGAUCACGACCACAGUUUUGAGAUUGGUGACACAAGUCUAGGUGAUGACGUGCAAUGGGAUGGCUUUCUUCCCAACAAAUUUCAUGCUCCAGAUUUCUCAUGAUCAAGAUGAUCAUCAACCUCCCACUUCUCUCAGUCCAAUUCUGCCAUCUUGCGCACCCCGAGACUUUCAUGGGGUGGGCCGGGUGGCGCCAUUUCUAGGGAAGAGAUCAUCAAUGUCGUUUUCAGGGAUUGAUGUGUGUCAUGAAGAAGGUAAUGGAGAGGAUGAGUUGUCUGAUGAUGGCUCACAAGCAGGAGAAAAGAAGAGGAGGCUCAAUAUGGAACAAGUCAAGACUCUUGAAAAAAACUUUGAGUUGGGUAACAAGCUUGAACCUGAGAGAAAAAUGCAACUGGCUAGGGCUCUUGGUCUGCAGCCAAGACAGAUUGCUAUAUGGUUCCAAAACAGGAGGGCCAGAUGGAAAACCAAACAACUAGAGAAAGAUUAUGAUCUCCUCAAGAGACAGUUUGAUGCUGUUAAAGCUGAAAAUAAUGCACUACAAACUCAGAACCAGAGACUUCAUGCAGAGAUAUUGGCACUGAAAAGCAGAGAACCGACUGAAUCUAUCAAUCUCAAUAAAGAAACUGAGGGUUCUUGCAGUAAUAGAAGUGAAAACAGCUCAGAUAUCAAAUUGGAUAUCUCAAGGACGCCAGCUAUUGACAGCCCUCUACCUAAUCACCAUCCAACAAGCAGGCCCUUCUUUCCCUCAUCAUCUAUCAGGCCUACAGGUAUUGCACAACUCAACAUAAACAACUCUUCAAGGCCCGAUUUUCAAUGCCAGAAGAUGGAUCAUAUAGUCAAGGAAGAAAGUCUCACCAAUAUGUUCUGCAGCAUUGAUGAUCAAUCUGGAUUUUGGCCAUGGCUUGAGCAACAGCAAUUCAACUAAGAAAAUGAGCCUGGAAUGCCAUAUUGGACCGCACCCAUUAUACGCGCAGUAUAUGUGGAAAUAGUUAAUCUUCAAUUCAUUAAAAGGGAAGUUAUCUUUAUUUUAUGAGUUUAAAAUUAAGUUCAUAUAUAUAGUCGGCACUUAGAUUGGCAUAUAAAGUAGGAUACCUUACGUUGGGAUUUCAGGUGGGGGAGCUGAAGAUCUUAGUUUUCAGAGGAAUAAGAUUUGUGUCUUUGAGUUA